GUUCUAAACCAACGUAAUUUAUUCUAGUAUAGAAGUUUUCAACAAAACAACAUCAACGAAACCGAUCGUUCAACUGGACUGUAAAAAUGAGAAUUACCAUACCUCAAUGUGAAAGGAAAAGUGCAUAACAUGGGCUUGAACUGAAAAAGGAGGAGAUAAGAUGGAUAACCAAUAGCGAUUAGCUGGAAGUAGAUCAGUGCUUUCAAACAACAAGCUGAACGUGUUAUGUAACUAGCUGGAUGCUCUAAUAAAUUAAAGCAUGGUUGACUGGUUUACUAUGAAGAUAUCUUCCAUGAUGAUUGCUGCAAUCGUUGUGUUGAGUGUGUUGCUUGGAACAGUAACCAGUAAACCGGUAGCGAUGCCAGAUUCUGCCAAAAUACGCAUCCAUGUUCCAGUCAAGCACCACACUCAUCUGCAUACGAAGACGGUAGUGAAAACUGUCCACGUGGGAAUCCCGGUAAAACCAGUAAAAGCUCAUCACGACGAUAGUGAAGAUGAUGGAUGGGAAUUUUCCAAGAAAAAAAAGUUACCAAAUAAUUAUUUAAAGCUCCUGAACCAUUGACCUAUUUAAGUAGUAUUUUAAGGUGUUACUUUAUUGAUUGUUAUUAAACAAAUUAAAACCCGAA